CUCCAGGCAUUUUUUUCCUACACCGAUGAGAUUUGAAAUAAACGCCAAUAACAUCGUUGCUCCAAUCUCCAAGAAUAUUACGUACGUGCCUACACUUCAACCAGAGAGCAACUGCCAACACCACCAGUGCACAAUGAUGUUACCCAGAGCGCCGUACUUGACGCUAAGCAGGAGGUUGGUCUGGAGCAAGGGGCCGCUCAUAUCCAAGUCCGCGAUGCCGAAUCUCGGCGUGUUUUCCGUGUCGUCCAACUGGAGCGCCGCGUACUCCACGCCAAAGGCCGAGAUGAGCAAGACUCCAGACGAAUCAUAUAUGAACGAAGUGGCAAAGAAGGUGUUGAGCUGCAGUAGCACCAAAACUCCGUUUGUCGUCACACCGGUGGAUAGAACUAAAAGGACAGAAAAGCCAGGGGCCAAGUCAUGGAUGAGCAAGGAUGAGCUCAGAAAGAUCGCACACCCGUACUGGGUGCUCACAAAGCCGCGGCUCACGGCGCUCGUUAUGUUGAGCUCCAUCUGCAGUUAUGCGUUGUCACCGUGUACGGUAACCUUACCAGAACUCCUCUUUCUCACUGUCGGGACAACCUUGGCGUCCGGAGCGGCGAACGCAAUUAAUAUGGGCCGUGAACCGGAAUUUGACGGUAAAAUGACCAGAACCAUGGCCAGACCGGUGGUCAGAGGCUUGGUUUCACCCGCCAAUGCGUUUAGAUACGCUGCGGUUUCCGGUACGCUUGGUGUCUCCCUCUUGUACUUCGGAGUCAACCCCACCGUGGCAGCGCUCGGUGGGCUCAACAUCAUCUUGUACUCCUGGAUAUACACUUCUUUGAAGAGACGUCAUAUCAUCAACACAUGGGUGGGCGCGCUUGUGGGAGCCAUUCCGCCAUUGAUGGGCUGGGCCGCAUCCUCGUCAUUGGCCCAUCCCGGUGCCUGGGUGCUCGCAGGUUUGUUGUACGCGUGGCAGUUCCCCCACUUCAACGCCUUGAGCCACAACGUCAGAGAGGAGUACCACAAGGCGGGGUACAAGAUGGCUGCCUACGAAAACCCGACGUUGAACGCCCGAGUUGGUUUCAGAUACGCCUUGUUGAUGUUCCCGUUGUGUUUUGGCUUGAGCUACUACGAAGUCUGCGACUGGGUCUUUCCCUUUGAUUCGGCGCUCUUGAAUGGCUGGUUGGCCUUCUGGGCGUACAAGUUCUGGUGGCAGCAGAAGCAAAAUUAUGCCAAGGGUAGCCCUACCGCCGAAGGUAUGCAAUUGGCUAACAUUUAUGCUAAGAAGAUGUUCUGGGGGUCUGUCUGGCACUUGCCAGGCAUUUUAGUGCUUGCCAUGUUACACAAGAAGGGCCAGUGGGAUAGAUUCUUGGACUUUGGGGGCAACAAGGAUAGGCUCCAACCCGCAUAGAUUCCUGUACAUAGUCAUGAAUAGAACAGUUACAUCAAUAGGGCGCAGGGCCCAUCAAUAUCAGGUUUACUGGAGUUUACCUAAACUAUUAAUAAAGAUAGAAACUUGG